AUGGACUGCAAGACGUUGAAGAGCGAUGAGAUGGAGGCUUUGGCCGCCAUUUACGGCGAUGAAUGGGUUGUGGAGGACGAGACCAGUCAUGUCUUCAGCAUUACGUUGAAGAAUGAGACCAAUUGUAACGAUAGUCAGACCAGAGGUCAGGAUUGGGAGCGAAUGAUUCGUCUGGAGUUCCGUUUGCCCGAAGAAUACCCGUUAAGUCAGCCGCCAUUCUAUACGCUGUCCGCCCCGUGGAUGUCACGCAAAGACAAGAUGCAACUCAUGGCACAGUUGGAGGAGAUCUACUGCGACAACGAAUCCCAAUCCAUACUUUAUCUGUGGAUAGAGAAGGCCAGAGAGUUCUUGAGUGGCGACGAGUCCACUGAUGGCAACGACAACCCAUCCCAUGACCACAACAACAGCUGCCAAACCACUCACUGCGACAACGAAUGCCACGGAACCGAUGAUAGCCCACAAGAGACCAACCAUUACAUCACUAACAAUGCAUGCGAUCAGUCAUCCAAUAGUCAUUCAUAUCCACAUUCAUCGCACUGUCAGACGAUAUCGUCGAAUAACGCUUGCAGUGGUUCUUCAGCGCCGGCCCUAUACCACGGCGAACCCCUAACCGAUAGGCGCAGCACAUUUCAGGCACACUUAUCACCCGUUCAUUCGGUGUCCGACGCGUUGGAAGCGUUGGCCGCUCUCAAGCAGAACAAGAAGAUAGAGAGCGCCACCCAUAACAUCAGCGCUUACCGAAUCUCCGGCGGACCACACAAUACAUGCCUUCAGGACUGUGAUGACGACGGCGAGAGUCACGCCGGCUCUCGACUCCUCCAUCUGUUGCAGAUUCUGGAGGUGCGGGAUGUGGUGGUAGUGGUGUCGCGUUGGUUCGGUGGCAUACAGUUAGGCCCCGACCGCUUCAAACACAUCAAUAACGUGGCCCGAGAUCUGCUCCAGAAGUGCGGUUACGUCGACGAGUCCUCUGAUGGCAACCAAAGCAUUAAAAGCAAGAAGAAAGCCAAAUGA